UCAUUUUCCGAGGUGGAGUCAAAAUAAUUACUGAAGGCAAACGGACACGCUUAAUUAGUUGUCGGUUGUGCGUGCAGGCAAAACCUCAAAAUGAUCAUAGAAAAGAUAACUUGUUUAUGUCACUAAUAAUAAUGUUUGGUCGAGAAUAGACCCCACACUUAAGCACCAAAAAACAACGACCUUGCACCCACCUAGCUUCCUCCAUCUCAUCAUCUCUUGAAAGCCUCCUUAGCCCUUACACUUUCUGUGAGUGUAUCUUAAGCCUCCCUCUCUCUUUCUCUCCUCAGAAACACCAUGAAGAAGAUCAAUCUAAUACUCAGAAAGUGCAAGAGCUUGUCCAGGCAACUAGCAAGAUCAUCCUCGUACAGCAGCCUCAGAUCCAAAUCGACCAAAGAAGACGUCAUGUGGAGAAGCCAAGAACAAGACGACGAGGAGCACUGUGUAACUACAUAUGUUGGGAGCACGAGGAAGAGGUACUUGAUAAGCUCUAAGUAUCUGAACCAUCCUUUGCUGAAUGCUCUAAUCGAUAAGUCAAAACAGGCCGAGGAUGUGUUGGUGGUGAACUGUGAGGUGGUGCUUUUUGAUCAUCUGUUGUGGAUGCUGGAGAAUGCAGAUCCUAAGUUUAGUUCGGAGUCUUUGGAAGAAUUGGUACAGCUCUACGUGUUCUAAUUAAUUUUUUGGUGUUUAUAAUCCUCUUAUAUUAAAGUUAGCAUCCGUCAUCUCUAAUAUAUGGUUCUACUCUACAUUGCUUGGUUUUCCAAGUUCUAACUCAUUUCUUGGGGUCUAUGAUUCUUUUACCAUACUAUUCAUCAAUAAAUGGCCUUUAUGCAUGCAA